UGCCGGCUGUCCUUUUCUCAUCGAGAAAGUGAGCGAAAAUGUCUAGCGAGCAGUUCCUGAGAGGCGUUAAUGCACUCAUCUUGGACGCGGGACUGGGCAAGGCUCGUGCUCGUAUUCUCCGCCAGCGACUGGAGGAGAAAGGAGGACAAGUCUUGCCAUGUCUCUCCCCCGCCGCCACCCACGUCCUAGUAGGGAACAACGUCCGCCAGAGUCGCUUGCCUUCUCUCCUCGGCUGCACUGAGAUCCCGAGAGGUGUCCGGGUGCUACGUGCGGACUGGCUGAGCGCUUGCCUGGUAGCGAGGGAGCGUGUGGCGGAGAGCAGGUAUGAGCUACCUCUGGAGAGCGCCAGCUGCAGUCCCGCCACAGUGAAGGCGGAUCCUCCUACUGUCAGGAGCCCCCCAGAGACUGGGAGAACUGGGGGAGGGGUUGGGAAGGAGGAGGAGGGGUGUGAGCCAGUCGUAAAGGAGGAGGAGAGAGUGACAGAAGGAGAGACAACCGAGGAGGAGGAGGAUGAGAAGAAAAACCACCAAGUCACGGAAGAGACCCAAGUCAUUCCUGACAGGUUCCCAACCUCCUCUAGAAAGAUGGAAGUCAGAGAGCACCGCCACCACCACCACCAGCAGCAGUAGUCCCAAUAAGAAGAGCAAACUCCCACCUUCCGACCCUGACAGUGAUUACGUGGACUCCGGAGAAGACGAGGAGGGAGAGGGUCGACUGGCAGUUGUGGACAUCAGCUCCCUCCCACCUCCUUCCAAGAGAAAGAGGAGGUGGCGAUGUGAAAUCCCACCAUCAGAGGCGCAGUCCUGGGUCAACCACAACCAGCACAUCACUGACAAGCUGGAGGAGUUGCUGGCAGUGUAUAAGAGCUGUCCAGAUGACAAGUGGCGAGCGAUGAGCACCACAAAGGUCAUCCAGGCCAUGAAGAAACACCCCAAGGAAAUCACCUGCUACGAGGAUGCACUGACUGUACCAUUCGUGGGGAAGCGUUUGGCCCAGAAGAUCGACGAGAUAGUAGCCAGCGGCCGUCUGCGGAGACUGGAGGCCGUGGACAAGGAGAAGCAGGCAGCUCUCUCCGCUUUUGCCAAGAUCCACGGAGUGGGACAGGUCCUGGCGGAGCAGUUUUAUGCUCAGGUAAACUGA